UUUUGACGGAAUGAAAUUGUUAUAACCUCAAUAUGUAAACAAAUGAAACAUAUACAAAAUACAAUGUCAAUUUUCUCUUUAAUUUGGUACAUUUAAAUAUUAUGGUACAUUUUUAUUGCAGGCUCUGCAUCUUUUUUGUAGGACUCUUAUUAGGGAUAUUACUAACUAAAUUAUAUACUCAGGUAGACAAAUCAUCAUCGAAGGCAUAUUAUAAGAUAUGGUUCAAAAAACAAGGCUUUUUGAAAAGAAGUAUGUCAUGGGAUAUAUUGAGGUACAAAAAUAAUCGUAAUAUUAAGGGGACGCUAGAGUCUGACUUGCUUUUUAAGAAAGUUAAAAUUUUAUGUAUAAUACUGUUGAAACAAAACAAAUACGAGAAACAUAUCCAAUCAACAUGGGCAAAAGGUUGCAAUGCAAUUAAGUUUGUUAAUGUUCAAAGAACCAAAAGUAUUCCUUUAAAGAGGGAUAAUAAAAACUCUUCUUGGGCAAAACUUUGCCAAACUCUACAAGAUGUAGAAAGCUAUAACUGGAUCUUGAUUGCAAGUGAAUAUACUUUUGUGAUAAUGGAAAAUUUGAGGUACCUGUUGGCUCCACUUAAUCCAGAAUAUAAAUAUUAUAUAGGGCAUACUGUAGAAUUUUGGAAAUUACCCUAUAAUACAGUUGACAGUGGAAUUGUGUUAAGUGAAGGUUCACUCAAAAGUCUAAGACAAAAUAUUAACAGAAAUGAUUGUCUAUCGUUUUCUUAUUGGAAUAGAGAAGAUUAUUAUCUGGGGAAAAGCUUGGCACAAUUAAAUAUUACACCUAUUGAUAUAAGGGAUGAAAAUGGUUUUACAUUAUUUUUUCCAAGUAAUUUAAAUUCGCUAAUAUUUUAUGAAGAUAGUCAAUACAAAUCAAGUAUAUUUCCUAUAAAAUGUUGUAGUAAACACAUAAUAUCGUUUCAGGCGGUAGAUGGUGAUAAAAUGUACACAUACUAUUAUUUGCUUUAUGUUGUACAACUGUUUAUGGAAGGCAACUUGGGAAAUAAAUUAAACUCUCAAAAUAACGACGAUCAGGUAUGGAAAAACUUUUUGAAGUCAAGAAAUAUCACGAAUUAUAACAUUUCAAGUGCCGAAUAUUAUCAAGUUUGGGAAAAUUUAAUAGACGACCCUACAUCUUUUGCAGCAAAUAUGAAGAGGGAUGUAGAAGAAUAUAACUUAUAAAAUAUAUUUAUAUAUAGGGUGAAGAAAAAACGUGCCCAUUAUUUUAUUGAAUAAAUGCAGUUGUGAAAAGAUUUUGUGUAAUAACAAACUGCAUUAAAUUUUUCUAUGGAUGCAUUAUAUCCAUAAAUUUAAUGGACAUAUUUUUGAAUUAUAGUUUUUAAGAUUAUGCUGAAAGAAAAUGUUUUUAUAUUUUUGUAUUUUUAUAUUUCUAUUAAAAACAUAACUAUUUUUGAAAA